AUGAUCUCAAAUGACACUCUUUCUUCCUCUUUUAAUGAUUCUCUCAUUUGUCAUCCAUUUCUUCUGGCUCGAGGUCGAAAGAGUCAAUUUGGUUUAUGUGAUGAUGAAGUGAGUGCUACCGUGAUUGUGGCCGUUGUAUUAUUCCUUCAUACAAGUCUAUUGAUUGGAGCUUUUAUUGGACUUGGUUAUAAAUUGUAUCAAUUGAAACGAACGCAUGUCCAAAGAAUGUCAAAAGUCAAUUUCUUAACAUUGGCAAGAAAUCCAGCCUUGAUGGUAUUGGGAGCGUUAUUUGGAUACAUUUUUUGUUUCAUAUUGGACGUUCGAGUACUCAUUGGAAGAAAGUUGUUUCCAUGUUUUAUAUUCACUUUGGCUUAUCACUUCUCUGUACCCAUGCUGUCAAGUGUCAUCGUUUUGAGAUUGAUUCGAUUGAUUGUGUUGGGAUGGAUGAGCAAUGCUAAAGUACGAGUAGGAAAGAGACAAAUGUUGAGAGAAAGCAUGGAACAUGUGGCAUUGACAGGAAAUGCUGUGAGUGAAAAUGCCAUGAAUGAAUUGGUUCAACUACAACAACCUAGCACUCCAUCAGUGACAAGUGACACUUCUCGAUCAACAACAAUGACCCCUUCUGAUAUUGCAUUGGUUGACAUACAGAAUAAUUCUACAUCCAUUACUUAUGUCAAAGAACAUGAAAAACCACAACGUUCAUCGAAUGACGACAAGGAACUCAUCUAUUUCAAAAAGGAUACGUAUUUUCAAAAUUUUGAAAAAGGAAAAUUAAUUGAUUUAUUGAAAUUUUCAGUGAGCUCCAAAUUUAUUUAUCUAUUUUUUGGAAUCAUUGGAUUCAUUCACUUGACCAUUUAUUUAAUUAUUGGAGGUGUGGAUUAUAACAAUUUUAUUCAUGGAAUCAAAAACUCGUCGACGAAUAAGAAACAAGCAUUUGUGGUCGAUACGUUUGUAUUUGCAGCUGAAAAUGGUUGUGGAACAGGAACCUAUCAUACCAACAUGUACAUUACAUACCUUGCUGUUUAUGUAAUUGUUAUUUUCAUUUGUUCCAUUGGUGCAUUCUUCAUGAAACGAGAUAUUUGGUUUGUCAAACGAGAAAUUGCUCUCUCUACCACAAAUUGGGCUUUUUUUGCACUCGUCUAUGGAGUGGUUAAUUUAUUCACAGAUGUGACCACCUUAGUGGAUUAUUUUGUACCUGUAGCUCCAUCGACCGUUCAAAUUGCAUGCAUGUUGGAUGUCGUUUUUACAUUGAUUUUACCCUUGUAUUAUCAAACGACUGAGAAAAAGAAGGAACUGACAACCAUUUCAACGAAUAUCUCAUCUCCCAAUGUAAACCAAGACAGUCACAUUCGAAAAAUUUUGACACACUCAAAAUGGAAUUCUCGAUUUUUACAAUUCUCAGAAAAAUCCUUCAGCUCGGAAGAUAUUAUGAUGUGGAAUGCUGUGGAACAAUUUAAAAAAGUCAGCCAUUCAGACCAAUUACGAACAGAACUCUUUUUGAAAAUUUGUGACACGUACUUGAAAAUUGGUUCACCUCUCGAAUUGAAUAUUCCAAGAAAGGAAUUUGGAGUUCCAGAAAUUAUGCAACUUUAUCAUUCUCUCACAUCAAAGACAUCAUCCAAGGAAGGAAUUACCACCACCGUUGCAACAUCAACAACAACUACCAACCAGAAUGAAAUCAUUUCUUGUUCCAUUUUCGAUCGAGUUCAAUCAUGUUGUGAACAUAACAUGCUUGAUAAUUACACUCGAUUUGAAUUGGUGUAUGAAAAACAAUUGAGAGAUGAAUGUAUUUUCCAAGAACACUCGUGUUUGAACAUGAAGUGA